AUGGAGAAACAACUUAAAGCCACUUAUCACACUUAUCCAAUCAUUAUGGAGGAGGAAAAACCCGAGAAUAUAAAAAAAUAUAUUGGCGAAUUAGAAAAAAGACCUACCCUUGAACAAUUUCAACAAGACAUUCAACAAGAAAGAAACAAAUAUAAAGAUUACGACACUUUAAAAACUAAUUUGGAAGAACUUAAAAAAAAAUAUGAUGAAUUAAAAAGUGUUGGGAUUAAUGAAGAAAAAAUAACCAGUCUAAACCAACAAUUACAAACUGAAAUUGAAAAGAAUAAAGUUUUAGAGGGAAAAUUGAGCGUUUUACCCCCGCCUAUAUCCAUAAAAGAAGAAAGUAUAAUAAAAAAGGUCAAAGAGCUAUUAAAUUCCGCUAUUAAUCCUUUAAAACAAGAAAUCGAGGAAUUAUUAAAAAAACAAGCGACAAAUAAUAGUUCCCCAAAUAAAUCCCCUACUGAAUUACCAACUGAUUAUGAAUUAAUAAAGGCUGAUAAAGAAGAAUUGCUUAAAAUCUUUGAAACUUUGAAAUUGAAAAUAUCAGAGAGUGAAGAAGAAAAAUAA